AUGUUCCUAUCCUUCCUCUUCACACCAUAUCUGCUUCUGGCCUUACCCCUUCUAUACUUCGUCUUACCAUACGUCCGCAAUUGGCAGAUCCAGGAUAUCCCGGGACCACUUUUGGCGAAGUUCAGCGACCUUUGGUAUUUCUACGAAGCAAGACGAUGUAGGAGAUAUAUGACUGUACAUAAACUCCACCAGAAGUAUGGCAAGCUGGUGAGGAUUCAGCCAAACCAAGUGUCGAUCGCGGAUCCUGAUGCCAUCCCAAUUGUGUAUGGCCAUGGCACUGGGUUCCUGAAGUCGGACUACUACGAUGCCUUCGUCUCGAUCCAGCGUGGCCUCUUCAAUACUCGAGACCGCAACGAGCAUACCCGGAAGAGAAAGACCAUCUCGCAUACGUUUAGUGCUAAGAACAUUGGGCAAUUCGAGCAGUAUAUCCACCAUAAUCUCGAGCAAUUGGCAAAGCAAUGGGACGACAGGAGCAAACAAGCAACGGGUGGAUACUAUAAGUUUGACGCGCUGCAUUGGUUCAACUACGUCGCGUUCGAUGUAAUCGGAGAUCUGGCGUUCGGAGCUCCAUUCGGUAUGUUGGAAAAGGGAGCAGACAUCGCAGAGAUCCGCAAAUCGCCAGAUGCACCGCCCAGUACAGCGCCGGCCAUUGAAGUGCUGAACAGAAGAGGAGAAGUCUCGAACUGUAUCGGGACAAUGUCCUGGAUCAAGCCAUACGCCAAGUAUAUCCCGGAUCCGUUCUUUUACAAGGGCGUAGAGGCUGUGCAGAACCUCGCUGGCAUUGCUAUUGCUCGGGUAUCGCAAAGGCUGGAUGCUGCUGAGCGUGGUGAGAUCAAUCGUGUCGACUUACUGGCACGACUUAUGGAAGGCAAGGACGAGAACGGCAACAAGCUCGGUCGCGCUGAGCUCACAGCUGAGGCCCUUACACAGCUCAUCGCCGGAUCUGAUACGACCUCGAAUACUUCCUGCGCACUCCUAUACCACUGUCUCAUGCAUCCCAAUGUCGUCAAGAAGCUCCAGGCCGAGCUGGAUCAAGCACUACUGUCUGACGACGUGCCAACUUACGAGCAGGUCAAGGAUCUGUCGUACAUGGACAUGGUUAUUCAGGAGACUCUUCGCAUCCACAGCACAUCCAGCCAAGGUCUGCCUCGACUCGUGCCGCCCGGACCUGGUGUCGAUCUCGCCGGUCAUCACUUCCCGCAGGGUGUUGUGCUGAGUGUGCCGGCUUAUACUAUGCAUCACAGCAAGGAGAUCUGGGGCCAGGACGCUGAUGAGUUUCGGCCGGAGAGGUGGGAGAAGGUUACUGAGAGACAGAAGAGUGCCUUCAUCCCCUUCUCCUACGGUCCUCGCGCCUGUGUCGGUCGCAACGUGGCGGAGAUGGAGCUUUCGCUUAUCGUCGCGGUCGUGUUCCGACGUUAUGAGUUUGAGCUCUAUCAGGACUAUCUUGAGACUAGGGAAGGGUUCUUACGCAAGCCUCUUGGGCUCAACGUUGGCAUGCGAAGACGCAAGCACUAA